AUGUCAGGUCUUCAAUACGAUGCAGAGUUCGCUGAGGCGUUGGCCCGUAUCAAAUCCAACCGCCCUUCGGCUCCUCCCGAGACAGCUUUAGACAUCCGCCGCAACAACCAUGCUCUCUUUGACAAAGUCUUUCCCCAAGCGCCAUCUUCCGACAUCAUUGAGCAAACGAACUAUUCAGUUCAGAGCUAUGAUGGCGCCCAGAUACUUCUUCGCCGCUAUGCGACACCUGAGAUCCUCAACGCCCAAGAGCCCCAGCCCGCAAUUCUUGCAAUCCACGGCGGCGGGUUUAUCUCGGGCUCGGUAGACAUCUGCGGUGGCCUCACGGCAGCGCUGGCUUUGGAAGUCGGUAGGCCGGUGUUUGCGGUCGGUUAUCGUCUUGCACCUGAGUAUCCUUACCCUGCAGCGGUUGAGGAUAGCUUCGCGGCUCUCAAGUACAUAAUGGAGCAUGCAGCAGAGCUGAACAUCGACUCUAGGCGCAUAUGUGUAAAAGGCGAGAGUGCAGGUGGUGGAAUAGCUAUCGGAACUUUGCUCAUGGCUAGGGACAGGAAACUUGAUCCUCCAGUUGCCAAACUCGUUGCUAUUUAUCCCGAAAUGGAUGAUAGAACUCGUUACUCUCCGGAUACAGAGUUUCUCAAACUUGUCACUUGGAGCCCUGUCCAUAAUCAGAUCGCAUGGAAGGCAUAUGUAGGACAAGACAAUGCUGGGAAACCAGAUGCAGACGUUUCGUCUUAUGCAGCACCCACUAGAGCGGAGAACUACAAGGGGCUGCCGUCUACGUACGUUGACGUCGGUACGUUGGACCUGUUCAGGGAUGAGGGUUUGGAGUUUGUGAGAAGACUCUUGGAAGACGACGUCGAGGUUGAAUUCCACCUUUGGCCUGGAGUGCCUCAUGUGUUUGAGUUUCUGGGACCAAAGACAAGAUGGCAUAUGCGAGCUGAAGAGGCGCGGAAUGACGUACUGAGGCGGUUUUGA